AUGACUACAUAUUCAUUUCGCAAUUUUAAUAAAGGGGGGACCUCAGCAGCCAGGCCUGGGAGCGGGCCGGGGGCGUCUGGGGGCGCAGGGCCGGGCGUAGGAGGGUCCGCCCAAAGUCGCGUGUGCUGUAGGCCGAGGACCCGGAGCCGGAGGCCGUGCGCCGUGCGGGGCGCACGCAGGCGACAAGGAAGUGCGACCGUGGAUGGCGGGCGAGGGGCGCUCGGGCCUUCCCCGGAUCUCGGCGCUCUGGGCUGGGUCGGGGGCUCCCGUAUGGCCGGUCUAACCUCGUCCCCGCCGCGCGCGGUCUGGGUCGACCUUGACCAGCCGCCGUCGCCCCGGGGCCUCCUCUCGCGCCUGCAGGGCUGUCCCCGGCUGUCCCCGUCUGCCCCCGUCUGCCGCCGGCUGUCCCCGUCUGCCCCCGGCUGUCCCCCGUCUGCCCCCGGCUGUCCCCCGGCUGCCCCCCCGGCUGUCCCCCGGCUGCCCCCCGUCUGCCCCGGGCUGUCCCCGUCUGCCCCCGGCUGUCCCCCGUCUGCCCCCGUCUGCCCCCGUCUGCCCCGGCUGUCCCCCGGCUGCCCCCGUCUGCCCCUGGCUGUCCCCUGGCUGCCCCCGUCUGCCCCCGACUGUCCCCCUCUGCCCCCGUCUGCCCCCGGCUGUCCCCCGGCUGCCCCCGUCUGCCCCCGGCUGUCCCCCGGCUGCCCCCGGCUGUCCCCCGGCUGUCCCCCGGCUGCCCCCCGGCUGCCCCCCGGCUGUCCCCCGGCUGUCCCCGUCUGCCCCCGGCUGUCCCCCUCUGCCCCCGUCUGUCCCCCGUCUGUCCCCCGUCUGCCCCCGGCUGCCCAAGGGCAGGGCGGGUCGGACAUCGUCGUGCCCGCAGGGGCCGCCCUCCCCUCCCAGCCCCAGCUCGUGCUGGCCGGGAACAGAGGAGCCGCGUGGGACCCUGGGACGGCAGCUGCGACUGUCGGUGGGCGCCGGGAGGAGCGGACGACGCCGGGCCGGGGCUGGGUAUCCCGGCGCCCCCUCCGCAGCGGCCACCGACGCGCUCUCAGAGGGAAGGACCUGCGGCUGCGCGGGGUGCCCGGGACCCUGACCGCGCCCGCGGCCCCGGGCAUCAGGGAGAAACACAAAUGCCAGGGAGCGGGGCGACUGGGCGACUUGACACACCGAGUCCCGCCACCUGCCCCGCGCCCCAGCCGCAGGGGACUGUCGCUUCCCCCGCCCCGCUCUCCUCUCCUCCCGUCAGUGGCCUCGAGGAAACAAUGCGCUUAUCCGGCAGCCGGCUGCUGCCCGUCCAGUCCCCUCUUUUCCACUCCACGAAAGUCCUGGCGGGCUGGCGGGGCCCCGAGCCUCAGAAAGGGACUCUGCGGCAGUUCCGGGUCUGCCGAGGGCGGCGGCAGCUGUCCUGGGGCGUGGCCCUCGGGAGCACCGCGGGGGAGCCAUGGCCGGGCCACUGGAGCAAGCGACCCCCGAGGGGACCUUGAACGGGGAGUAGGAAUCGUCCGGCUUUCCUGUGCCAUUCUGUGCUUUACCCGUUCUGAGGCCAUGGGGCUCUUCCGUGUGGUGGCGGCCUUCCUCAUCCUCUUCACCAUUGAGGAAACUGAGGUCCAGGUGGGGCAGCGAGGUAUCCACGCUGGCAUCCGGGAGCAGAUCUGUGCCUGGUGGCCUGGCAUGCCCACUCCUGGUCUCUGCUCUUGUUCCUUCACCGUGCUGCCUCCCAGGGAAGGCGACCCCCGGUCAAACUCCCUUGGGCCUCCCAUGGGCAGUCAGGGGGCGGGGUACUGCGUGACGCAGAAGCAGCAGAGUCCUGGCCCUGAAGGGGACGAGGGAGAGCCACUGGCCGCAGCCACGCCGCCUCGGAGAGCUGCAGUCCGGGGUCGCAGGCGGGCGUGGGCUCAUUACUGUCCCCCGAGAGCCGGGCCACCGGGCCCACCGGGCACAGGUGGCACUGAGGCGGCGCGCGGGGAGGAGCGCGCGGUCAAGGCCACAGAGCCCGGGGAACAGACAGGGCUCGGGGCCAAUGCCAGCGGGGCGCAGCACGGGGCACGGACUGCCCUCGGCCCGGACCUCUGGGACCCGCCCCUCUCGGUCACUCUGCUCUCGGCUCCAGCCACUCCCCAAAGCCCAGCAAGGGAGACGUUUGGAUCCCAGCUACAUCGGGAGGAGGUCAUCGGCGUGUUGGCCCCGCGAGCCACGCUGCUCCUGGGUCGCAGCCGCGGUCACCUGGCGGAUAAGGUCCGAGGUGGGGCGUGGGUUCUGGCGUCAGACCUGGGCCCCCUGUCGGAUCCGUGCUGUGUGGUUGUGGGCGGGCCGAGCUUGCGCGCGCCCGUGGGAGCCUCAGUUUCCUCACCUGCCACCCCCGCCCCGCGCCCCGCCGACGCCCCGCCCCGUCCGGGCCCCGCCCCGCAGCCCCGGCAGCCCCGGUAG